CGCGGCGGGGGGAUCAGCUGGGAUGAAGAGCAGUGGGACGAGCGCGGAUCAGUCAGUGUGAAGAGAGGCGACCGGGGCGACAGCGAGGCAAACAGUCGAUGAGCUCCUAGGAGCCAACACAGUUCUCAGAUUCUCAGGGGGAUCCUGACAUUCAACAGCCGCGAUGGCUCGGGAUAUGUCAGAUAAGGAAAUCUUGAAAAUGGAGCUGGACCAGCUGAAGAAGGAAGUGAGCACAGCCAGGACACCGGUGGCUGCAAACUGUGCAGAGACGAUUGCGUUCGUCGAGGGACUGCUACCGAACGACCCGCUGAUCAAGGGCGUCUCGGACGAGAAGAACCCCUACAAGGGCGACAAGGGAGGCUGCAUAGUAACAUAGCACAGAUGCAUCCAGGGAAAAAAGAAGUCUCCCUGUUUUUUGUUUGUUCUGUUGUACAGUAGAAAGGUCGUGUGACCAGGAGACAGACGCACGCCCUCUCCCAUCACUGGAUUACCGUGUAUGUAUCUGUUGAUAUGGAAAGCGUUGACUUGUCAAUUUGUAAUUAAAAUGCAAAUAGCUGUGCAAACAAAGCUUGGACCUGA